UAUCCUGCUGGCAGGUCCCCCGCCCCCCCCCCCCCCCCCCCCCGCCACCAUGGACCACUCCUCAUUCAGCGGCGCGCCCCGCUUCCUGACCCGGCCCAAGGCCUUCGUGGUGUCGGUGGGAAAGGACGCCACCUUGAGCUGCCAGAUCGUGGGCAACCCCACGCCGCAAGUGAGCUGGGAGAAGGACCGACAGCCGGUGGAGGCGGGCGCCCGCUUCCGCCUGGCCCAGGACGGGGACCUGUACCGCCUCACCAUCCUGGACUUGGCGCUGGGCGACAGCGGGCAGUAUGUGUGCCGCGCUCGCAACACCAUCGGCGAGGCUUUCGCAGCCGUGGGCCUGCAGGUGAAUUCGGAGGCGGCGGUGGCCGAGCAGGCGCCCCACUUCCUGCUGCGCCCCACAUCCAUCCGCGUGCGCGAGGGCGCGGAGGCCACCUUCCGCUGCCGGGUGCGCGGCUCGCCGCCCAUGGCCGUGAGCUGGGCCAAGGACGGGCGGCGCCUGGGCGAGCCCGACGCAUCCCGGGUGCAAGUGGAGGCGAGCGGCGAGGCGAGCGCGCUGCGCAUCCAGGCGGCGCGGCCCCGGGACGGUGGCACCUACACGGUGCGUGCAGAGAACCCCCUGGGCGCCGCCAGCGCUGACGCCUCGCUCACGGUGGAUGCAGACGCGGACACUGCCGGCCCGCCUGGGGCCUCGACGGCCGCGCUCCUGGAGCACCUGCAGCGGCGGCGGGAGGCCAUGCGCGCGGCCGACGGUGCUCCCCCCUCCCCGCCCUGCACGGGCACGCGCACCUGCACGGUGACCGAGGGCAAGCACGCGCGCCUCAGCUGCUACGUGACGGGCGAGCCCAAGCCCGAGACGGUGUGGAAGAAGGACGGGCAGCUGGUGGCCGAGGGCCGGAGACACGUGGUGUACGAGGACGCGCAGGAGAACUUCGUGCUCAAGAUUCUCUUCUGCAAACAGUCGGACCGUGGGCUGUACACCUGCACUGCCUCCAAUCUGGUGGGCCAAACCUACAGCUCCGUGCUGCUCGUCGUGCGAGAGCCCGCCGUGCCCUUCACCAAGCGGCUGCAGGACUUGGAGGUGAGGGAGAAGGAGUCGGCCACUUUCCGCUGCGAAGUGGCGCAGCCGGCCACGCAGGCCGCGUGGUUCAAGGAGGAGACGCGGCUAUGGGCCAGCGCCAAGUACGGCAUCGAGGAGGCGGGCACCGAGCGCCGGCUGACCGUACACAACAUCUCUGCGGACGACGACGCCGUUUACAUCUGCGAGACCACCGAGGGCAGCCGCACGGUGGCAGAGCUGUCGGUGCAAGGCAACCUGACUCGAAAGCUCCCGAGGAAGACCGCCGUGCGUGUGGGGGACACGGCCAUGUUCUGCGUGGAGCUGGCCAAGCCCGAGGGCCCAGUCCACUGGCUGCGGAACCAGGAGGAAGUGGUGGCCGGGGGCCGCGUGGCCAUCACGUCUGAGGGGAUGUGCCACACGCUCACCAUCGCCCAGUGCAGCCUGGAGGACGUGGGCGAGGUGGCCUUCGUGGCCGGGGACUGCCGCACUUCCACCCGGUUCUGUGUGUCGGCCCCCAGGAAGCCGCCCCUGCACGCCCCAGAAGGCCCUGUGGUGAAGUCCAGGACAGAGGGCUCUGUGACCCUUGCCUGGUCACCACCUCCCCGCGGGGUCACCAUCGAUGGCUACCUGGUGGAGAAGCGGCGACUCGGUGCCUAUGCCUGGAGCCGGUGCCACGAGAUGGAGUGGGUGGCCACGACCGAGCUGACUGUGUCUGGCGUGACCCAGGAAGGGGACUUCCAGUUCCGGGUGUCAGCUGUGAACAGCUUUGGCCAGAGCCCCUAUGUCGAGUUCCCAGGGACCAUCCACCUGACCCCCCAGCUGGCAGUGAAGACACCUCUGAAGGCCAUGGAGAUUGUGGAAGGUGGUGAGGUGACCUUCUCUGUGGACCUCAGUCUGGUCUCAGUGGGUGAGUGGUUCCUGGAUGGACGGGCCCUGAAGUCCAGCAGCAUGUAUGUGAUCCAGUGUGAUGGCACCCGGCAUGCCCUCACCAUCCGCCGGGUGCCUGCCAGCCUGCAUGGCGCCGAGCUCAAGUUCAUGGCCAAUGGCAUCGAGAGCAGCAUCAAAAUGGAGGUCCGAGCGGCUCCAGGACUGAGCCCCAAGCAUCCGACAGCUGCCCGGGAGGUGCUGGCCCGGCUGCACGAGGAGGCAGAGCUGCUGGCAGAGCUGUCAGACCAGGCCGCAGCUGUGACAUGGCUGAAGGAUGGCCGUGCACUGCCCCCAGGCCCCAAGUACGAGGUGCAGGCGGUGGCUGGGCGGCGGGUGCUUCUGGUGCGGGACGUGGUACGAGACGAUGCUGGCCUCUACGAGUGCAUCAGCCGUGGGGACCACCUGGCCUACCAGCUCUCUGUGCAAGGCCUCACCUCCUUCUUGCACAAGGACACCACUGGUAGUUACGUGGAUGCUGUGGCCGGGGGUCCUGCCCGCUUUGAGUGCCAGACCUCUGAGGCCCAGAUGCGCGUGCGCUGGUACAAGGAUGGCAAGGAGAUUGCCCGCUCCAGCCAGCAUUUCACACAGGAGGACGAGGGCACGUGGCACCGGCUGGUGGCCACCUCUGUCACCAGGCAGGACCAGGGCACCUACUCCUGCCGUGCAGGCGAGGAUUCCAUAGACUUCCAGCUGCGGGUCCAGGAGCUGCCAGCAGGGUUUGCCCAGGAGCAGCAGGCACACAGUGAGGUGCAGGCUGAGGCAGGGGCCAGCGCCACACUGAACUGUCAGGUGGCCCAGGCCCAGAUAGAAGUGACAUGGUACAAGGAUGGGAAGAAGCUGAGUUCCAGCUCCAGAGUGCGUGUGGAGGCCCAGGGCUGCUCAAGGAGGCUGGUGGUGCAGCAGGCGGGGAAGGCAGAUGCUGGGGAGUACAGCUGUGAGGCCGGGGGCCAGAAGGUCUCCUUUCGCCUGGAUGUCAAAGAACCCAAGGUGGUGUUUGCCAAGGAUCAGCAGGCACGCAAUGAGGUGCAGGCUGAGGUGGGGGCCAGCGCCACACUGAGCUGUGAGGUGGCCCAGACCCAGACAGAAGUGACAUGGUACAAGGAUGGGAAGAAGCUGAGUUCCAGCUCCAGAGUGCGUGUGGAGGCCCAGGGCUGCUCGAGGAGGCUGGUGGUGCAGCAGGCGGGGAAGGCAGAUGCUGGGGAGUACAGCUGUGAGGCCGGGGGCCAGAAGGUCUCCUUUCGCCUGGAUGUCAAAGAACCCAAGGUGGUGUUUGCCAAGGAUCAGCAGGCACGCAAUGAGGUGCAGGCUGAGGUGGGGGCCAGCGCCACACUGAGCUGUGAGGUGGCCCAGACCCAGACAGAAGUGACAUGGUACAAGGAUGGGAAGAAGCUGAGUUCCAGCUCCAGAGUGCGUGUGGAGGCCCAGGGCUGCUCGAGGAGGCUGGUGGUGCAGCAGGCGGGGAAGGCAGAUGCUGGGGAGUACAGCUGUGAGGCCGGGGGCCAGAAGGUCUCCUUCCACCUGGAUGUCAAAGAACCCAAGGUGGUGUUUGUCAAGGAGCAGCAGGCAUGCAAUGAGGUGCAGACUGAGGUGGGGGCCAGCGCCACACUGAGCUGUGAGGUGGCCCAGACCCAGACAGAAGUAACAUGGUACAAGGAUGGGAAGAAGCUGAGUUCCAGCUCCAAAGUGCGUGUGGAGGCCCAGGGCUGCUCAAGGAGGCUGGUGAUGCAGCAGGCAGGGAAGGCAGAUGCUGGGGAGUACAGCUGUGAGGCCGGGGGCCAGAAGGUCUCUUUCCGCCUGGAUGUCAAAGUGCCCAAGGUGGUGUUUGCCAAGGAGCAGCAGGCACGCAGUGAGGUGCAGGCUGAAGCCGGGGCCAGCGCCACACUGAGCUGUGAGGUGGCCCAGACCCAGACAGAAGUGACAUGGUACAAGGAUGGGAAGAAGCUGAGUUCCAGCUCUAGAGUGCGUGUGGAGGCCCAGGGCUGCUCAAGGAGGCUGGUGGUGCAGCAGGCAGGGAAGGCAGAUGCUGGGGAGUACAGCUGUGAGGCCGGGGGCCAGAAGGUCUCCUUCCACCUGGAUGUCAAAGAACCCAAGGUGGUGUUUGCCAAGGAGCAGCAGGCAUGCAGUGAGGUCCAGGCUGAAGCUGGGACCAGCGCCACAUUUAGCUGUGAGGUGGCCCAGACCCAGACAGAGGUGACAUGGUACAAGGAUGGAAAGAAGCUGAGUUCCAGCUCCAGAGUGCGUGUGGAGGCCCAGGGCUGCUCGAGGAGGCUGGUGGUGCAGCAGGCGGGGAAGGCAGAUGCUGGGGAGUACAGCUGUGAGGCCGGGGGCCAGAAGAUCUCCUUCUGCCUGGAUAUCAAAGAACCCAAGGUGGUGUUUGCCAAGGAGCAGCAGGCACACAGUGAGGUGCGGGCUGAGGCGGGGGCCAGCGCCACACUGAGCUGUGAGGUGGCCCAGACCCAGACAGAAGUGACAUGGUACAAGGAUGGGAAGAAGCUGAGUUCCAGCUCCAGAGUGCGUGUGGAGGCCCAGGGCUGCUCAAGGAGGCUGGUGGUGCAGCAGGCGGGGAAGGCAGAUGCUGGGGAGUACAGCUGUGAGGCCGGGGGCCAGAAGGUCUCCUUCCACCUGGAUGUCAAAGAGCCCAAGGUGGUGUUUGCCAAGGAGCAGCAGGCACGCAGUGAGGUGCAGGCUGAGGCGGGGGCCAGCGCCACACUGAACUGUCAGGUGGCCCAGGCCCAGACAGAAGUGACAUGGUACAAGGAUGGGAAGAAGUUGACUUCCAGCUCCAAAGUGCGUGUGGAGGCCCAGGGCUGCUCAAGGAGGCUGGUGGUGCAGCAGGCAGGGAAGGCAGAUGCUGGGGAGUACAGCUGUGAGGCCGGGGGCCAGAAGGUCUCCUUCUGCCUGGAUGUCAAAGAACCCAAGGUGGUGUUUGCCAAGGAGCAGCAGGCAAGCAGUGAGGUCCAGGCUGAGGCGGGGGCCAGCGUCACACUGAGGUGUGAGGUGGCCCAGGCCCAGACAGAAGUGACAUGGUACAAGGAUGGGAAGAAGCUGAGUUCCAGCUCCAGAGUGCGUGUGGAGGCCCAGGGCUGCUCGAGGAGACUGGUGGUGCAGCAGGCGGGGAAGGCAGAUGCUGGGGAAUACAGCUGUGAGGCCGGGGGCCAGAAGGUCUCCUUCCACCUGGAUGUAAAAGAGCCCAAGGUGGUGUUUGCCAAGGAGCAGCAGGCACGCAGUGAGGUGCAGGCUGAGGCGGGGGCCAGUGCCACACUGAGCUGUCAGGUUUCCCAGGCCCAGACGGAAGUGACAUGGUACAAGGAUGGGAAGAAGCUGAGUUCCAGCUCCAAAGUGCGUGUGGAGGCCCAGGGCUGCUCAAGGAGGCUGGUGGUGCAGCAGGCGGGGAAGGCAGAUGCUGGGGAGUACAGCUGUGAGGCUGGGGGCCAGAAGGUCUCCUUCAGCCUAGAUGUCAAAGAACCCAAGGUGUUGUUUGCGAAGGAACAGCAGGCACACAGUGAGGUCCAGGCUGAGGCGGGGGCCAGUGCCACACUGAGCUGUGAGGUGGCCCAGACCCAGACAGAUGUGACAUGGUACAAGGAUGGGAAGAAGCUGAGUUCCAGCUCCAAAGUGCGUGUGGAGGCCCAGGGCUGCUCAAGGAGGCUGGUGGUGCAGCAGGCGGGGAAGGCAGAUGCUGGGGAGUACAGCUGUGAGGCCGGGGCCCAGAAGGUCUCCUUCCACCUGGACGUCACAGAACCCAAGAUGGUGUUUGCCAAGGAGCAGCAGGCACACAGUGAGGUGCAGGCUGAGGCAGGGGCCAGCGCAAUACUGAGCUGUGAGGUGGCCCAGACCCAGACGGAGGUGACAUGGUACAAGGAUGGGAAGAAGUUGACUUCCAGCUCCAGAGUGCGUGUGGAGGCCCAGGGCUGCUCGAGGAGGCUGGUGGUGCAGCAGGCGGGGAAGGCAGAUGCUGGGGAGUACAGCUGUGAGGCCGGGGGCCAGAAGGUCUCCUUCCCCCUGGAUGUCAAAGAGCCUAAGGUGGUGUUUGCCAAGGAGCAACAGGCACACAGUGAGGUGCAGGCUGAGGCAGGGGCCAGCGCCACACUGAGCUGUGAGGUGGCCCAGGCCCAGACAGAAGUGACAUGGUACAAGGAUGGGAAGAAGCUGAGUUCCAGCUCCAAAGUGCGUGUGGAGGCUCAGGGCUGCUCAAGGAGGCUGGUGGUGCAGCAGGCGGGGAAGGCAGAUGCUGGGGAGUACAGCUGUGAGGUUGGAGGCCAGAAGGUCUCCUUCUGCCUGGAUGUCAAAGAGGCCAAGGUGGUAUUUGCCAAGGAGCAGCAGGCAAGCAGUGAGGUCCAGUCUGAGGCAGGGGCCAGCGCCACACUGAGCUGUGAGGUGGCCCAGACCCAGACGGAAGUGACAUGGUACAAGGAUGGGAAGAAGCUGAGUUCCAGCUCCAAAGUGCGUGUGGAGGCCCAUGGCUGCUCAAGGAGGCUGGUGGUGCAGCAGGCGGGGAAGGCAGAUGCUGGGGAGUACAGCUGUGAGGCCGGGGGCCAGAAGGUCUCCUUCUGCCUGGAUGUCAAAGAACCCAAGGUGGUGUUUGCCAAGGAGCAGCAGGCACGCAGUGAGGUGCAGGCUGAGGCGGGGGCCAGCGCCACACUGAGCUGUGAGGUGGCCCAGGCCCAGACCGAAGUGACAUGGUACAAGGAUGGGAAGAAGCUGAGUUCCAGCUCCAAAGUGCGUGUGGAGGCCCAGGGCUGCUCGAGGAGGCUGGUGGUGCAGCAGGCGGGGAAGGCAGAUGCUGGGGAGUACAGCUGUGAGGCUGGGGGCCAGAAGGUCUCCUUCUGCCUGGAUGUCACAGAGCCAGCACCUGAGUCCCCAGCCCUGGAGAGGCCAGGUCGUAGGGAGCCGCUGGUGGUCAAGGAGCACGAGGACAUUGUCCUGACGGCCACAGUUGCCACUUCCUCGCCGGCUGCGGUCACCUGGCUAAAGGAUGGCAUGGAGAUUCGCCGCAGCAAGCGGCAUGAGACAGCCAGCAGAGGGAACAAGCAUACGCUCACGGUGCAUGGCGCCCAGACCCUGGACAGUGCCAUCUACAGCUGCCGUGUGGGCGAGCAGGGCCAGGACUUCCCUGUGCAGGUGGAAGAGGUGGCUGCCAAGUUCUCCCAGCCACUAGCACCUGUGAGCGGGGAGCUGGGUGGCACAGUGACCCUGGCCUGUGAGCUGAGCCCGGCACAGGCUGAGGUGGUGUGGCGCUGCGGGAGCAUGCAGCUGCGGCCUGGCAAGCGCUUUCAGAUGGUGGCCGAUGGACCUCGGCGCCUGCUCACUGUGUCAGGCCUUCGGGCAGAGGACGCAGGAGAGUACGUGUGUGAGAGCCGGGAAGAUCGCACUAGUGCGCAGCUCACUGUCAGUGUCCCCCGAGAGGUCAAGUUCACAUCUGGGCUGAGUGCCGUGACUGCAGAGGAGGGCUGUGAGGCCACCUUUCAGUGUGUAGUGUCCCCCAGUGACGUGGUGGUCACAUGGUUCCGGGAUGGCACCCAGCUGCAGCCCAGCGGGAAGUUUGUCAUGUCGCAGAGUGGCUCCAGCCACAGCCUGACCAUUUCGGACCUGACCUUAGAGGAUGCCGGACAGAUCUCCGUGGACGUUGAAGGAGUCAAGUCAGUGGCUGCCCUCCGGGUCCGAGAGGCUCCUGUGCUGUUCAAGAAGAAGCUGGAGCCUCAGACAGUGGAGGAGCUGAGCUCAGUGACCAUGGAGGUGGAACUGACACGGCCAUGGCCAGAGGUCAAGUGGACACGCAAUGCCGCAAUCCUGUCAUCUGGUGGGAACGUAGAGAUCCAGGCCGAGAACGUGAGCCACCGCCUGAUUCUCCACAGCGUGGGCUUCACUGACCGUGGCUUCUAUGGCUGCGAGACGCCCCAUGACAAGACACAGGCCAAGCUCUCGGUGGAAAUGCGACAGGUCCGGCUGGUGCGGGGCCUGCAGGAGGUGGAGGCACAGGAGCAGGGCACAGCCACCAUGGAGGUGGAGCUGUCGCAUGUGGAUGUGGAGGGUAGCUGGAUAAAGGACGGCCUACGGCUUCAGCCAGGACCCACAUGCCACCUGGCCGUGCGUGGUACUACCCACACCCUCACACUCUCAGGGCUGCAGCCGAAGGAUGCAGGCCUGGUGGGCUUCAAGGCUGAGGGUGUGCACACGUCAGCAAGGCUUGUGGUCACAGAGCUGCCUGUGAGGUUCAGCCGUCCCUUGCAGGAUGUGAUGGUCACAGAGAAGGACAAGAUGACCCUGGAAUGUGAGCUGUCCCGCCCCAAUGUGGAUGUGCGCUGGCUGAAGGAUGGUGUGGAGCUUCGGGCAGGCAAGAAGGUGGGCAUAAUGGCCCAGGGUGCCUGCAGGAGCCUCGUCAUUUACCGCUGUGAGCUGGGGGACCAGGGUGUGUACGUGUGUGAUGCACACGAUGCUCAGAGCUCUGCCUCCGUGAAGGUGCAAGGCCGAAAGGUGCAGAUUGUGAGGCCCCUGGAAGACGUGGAGGUGAUGGAGAAGGAGGGCGCCACCUUCUCCUGCGAGAUCUCCCUUGACGAGGUGCCUGCCCAGUGGUUCCGGGAGGGCAGUAAGCUCCGGCCCAGUGACAAUGUGCGCAUCCGCCAGGAAGGACGGACAUACACUCUUAUCUACCGGAGGGUCCUGGCGGAAGAUGCAGGGGAAAUCAAAUUUGUGGCAGAAAAUGCAGAAUCCCAAGCUCAGCUUCGUGUGAAAGAGCUGCCAGUGACCAUCCUGCGUCCCCUGCGGGACAAGAUCGCCAUGGAGAAGCACCGGGGGGUGCUUGAGUGCCAGGUGUCGAGGGCCAGUGCCCAGGUGCGGUGGUUCAAGGGCGGUAUGGAGCUGCGUCCUGGACUCAGGUACGAGAUGGUCAGCAAUGGCCUCUACCGCAAGCUGGUCAUCAUCGACGUCCAGCCGGAGGACGAGGACACCUACACCUGCGAUGCCGGUGACGUGAAGACUAGCGCCCAGUUCUUUGUGGAAGAGCAAUCCAUCACCAUCAUGCGGGGCCUUCAGGACAUGACAGUGAUGGAACCCGCUCCCGCUUGGUUCGAGUGUGAGACCUCCAUCCCCUCUGUGCGGCCGCCCAAGUGGCUCCUGGGAAAGACGGUCCUGCAGGCAGGGGCAAACGUGGUAGUGGAGCAGGAGGGCACCGUGCACCGCCUGAAGCUGCGGCGCACCUGCUCCACCAUGACCGGCCCUGUGCACUUCACCAUUGGCAAGUCCCGCUCCACUGCGCGCCUUGUGGUCUCAGACAUCCCUGUGGUGCUCACGCGGCCACUGGAGCCUAAGGUGGGGCGUGAGCAGCAGUCUGUAGUCCUCUCCUGUGACUUCAAGCCACCCCCCAAAGCAGUGCAGUGGUACAAAGGGGACAUGCCUCUGGCGCCAUCAGAAAAGUACAAAAUGAAUCUGGAGGGCCACAUGGCAGAGCUGCGCGUCCUACGGCUCACAUCUGCUGAUGCCGGCAUCUACAGGUGCCAGGCAGGCAGUGCUCAGAGUAGCGCCGAGGUCACCGUGGAAGCGAGGGAGGUGAGUGUGACUCAGCCGCUGCAGGACGUGGAGGCUACUGAGGAGGGCCGUGCCUGCUUCUCCUGUGAGCUGUCCCAUGAGGAUGAGGAAGUGGAGUGGUUGCUCAACGGGACACCACUGUACAACGACAGCUUCCAUGAGAUCAGCCACCAGGGCCACCGCCACACGCUGGUGCUGAAGCGGGUCCGGCAGGCUGAUGCAGGCAUCCUGCAGGUCUCCUCCCCCAAGAUCACAGCCUCAGCCCGUCUGCAGGUCAAAGAGAAACCAGUGGUGUUCCUGAAGGCCCUGGAUGAUGUGUCUGCGGAGGAGCAGGGCACUCUGGCACUGCAGUGCGAGGUCUCCAAUCGCGAGGCCCGGGUGUUGUGGCGCAAGGACGGCGUGGAGUUGGGCCCCAGCGACAAGUACGACUUCCUGCACUCGGCUGCCACGCGGGGGCUUGUGGUGCAUGACCUGAACAAGGACGACGCAGGCAUAUACACAUGCCAUGUGGGCGCGGAGCAGACGCAGGCUCGGGUCAGCGUGCACGACCUGCACGUGGGCAUCACAAAGAGACUGAAGACGACAGAAGUGGUGGAGGGGCAGAGCUGCAGCUUCGAGUGUGUCCUGUCCCAUGAAAACACUAGUGACACGGCCGUGUGGACGAUUGGUGGGAAGAUGGUGGGCAGCUCUGGCCGCUUCCAGGCCACCCGUCAGGGCCGCAAGUACAUGCUGACCAUCCAGGAUGCUGUGCCCAGUGACGCCGGGGAGGUGGUCUUCUCUGUGCGGGACCUCACUUCCAAGGCCUCCCUCACUGUUAGAGAGAGGCCGGUGGACUUCUCAAAGCCAUUGGAAGACCAGCAGGUGGCCCGGGGUGAGGACGUGACCCUGAGUUGCGAGUUGUCGCAGUCUGGCGCCCUGGUGCGCUGGCUGCGGGAUGGGAAGGCUAUUCGCAGGAGUCGGAAGUAUGAAGUGCUCACAGAAGGCACACGGGCAGUGCUGAUCAUCCGUGCAGCCUCAAUCAAGGACUCGGGCGAAUACACGUGUGAGACAGAGGCCUCCAAGAGCACUGCUCACCUCCGUGUGGAAGAAAAGGCAAACCGUUUCACGGAGGAGCUGGCCGACCUGCAGCUGGAAGAGAAGGGCACAGCUGUGUUCCAGUGUAAGACAGAGCACCCCACAGCUACCGUGAUCUGGCGCAAGGGGCUCCUGGAGCUUCGGGCCUCAGGGAAGUACUCCAUCAGCCAGGAAGGCCUAACCUUGAAGCUCACCAUCAGUGCCCUGGAGAAAGUGGACAGUGAUACCUACACCUGUGACAUUGGCCAGGCCCGGUCCCAGGCCCGGCUCCUGGUGCAAGGCCAGAAGGUGCUCAUCUCCGAGGACUUGGAGGAUGUGGAGGUGCAAGAGGGCUCCUCUGCCACAUUUUGCUGCCGCAUCUCCCCUUCUGACUAUGGGCCUGUCCACUGGUUUUUGGACAAGACCCCUCUGCACACCAAUGAGCUCAAUGAGAUUGAAGCCCGGCCUGGUGGCUAUCACAUGCUGACGCUGAGGCAGUUGACCCUCAAGGACUCCGGCACUGUCCACUUUGAGGCGGGUGACCAGCGGGCUUCAGCCAACCUGCAGGUCACAGAGAAGCCGAGCAUCUUCUCCCGGGAGCUCAUGGAUGUUACAGUCACGGAGGGUGAGGAGCUGACCCUUGUCUGUGAGACCACAGCCCCGGACAGCUCCGUGUCCUGGACCAAGGAUGGGAAGACCCUGCGGUCCUCAGUCCGCUGCCGGCUGAGCCACGAGGGCAGCCGGGUCCAGCUGGUCAUCACUGGUGCUACUCUGCAGGAUGGUGGGCGCUACAAGUGCCAUGUGGGGGGAUCCUGGAGCAGCUCCAUUGUCAGGGUACAUGCUCGGCCUGUGCACUUCCGGGAGGGGCUGAAGGACCUGGAGGUUCAGGAGGGCGGGGCGGCUACACUUCGCUGUGUGCUGUCAUCUGUGGCUGCCCCCGUGGAGUGGCGACGUGGUGAUGAAGUCCUGCGAGCUGGGGGAAAGUACAGCCUGCGGCAGGAAGGGGCUGUGCUGGAGCUGGUGGUCCGGGACCUGCGACCUUUGGACAGCGGGCAGUACUCAUGCUGCUUUGGGGACCAGGUGACAUUAGCCACACUCACUGUGAAGGCCCAGCCUGCUGAGUUUAUAGGAAGACUGAGGAGUAAGGAGGCCACAGAAGGAACCACAGCCACGCUGCGCUGUGAACUGACCAAGGAGGCCCCCGUGGAGUGGAGGAAAGGGUCUGAGACUCUCACAACUAAAGAAAGAGUUAUCCUGAGGCAGGACGGAGCCGUGUGUGAGCUACAGAUCAGUGGCCUGACUUUGGAGGAUGCUGGCGAGUACACAUGUGUGUGUGGACAGGAGAGGACCUCAGCCACACUGACUAUCAGGGUCCUGACAGUCAAGUUCACAAACACUGUGAGGAAGGAAGAGUCUACAGAAGGGAGCACGGCCACACUGAACUGUGAGCUGAGCAAGGAGGCCCCUGUGGAAUGGAGGAAAGGGUCUGAGACCCUCACAACUAAUGACAAAGUUGGUCUGAGGCAAGCUGGAGCCAUGUGUGAGCUGCAGAUACAUGGCCUGACUGUGGAGGAUGCUGGGGAGUACUUGUGCAUGUGUGGGCAGGAGAGGACCUUGGCCAUUCUUACCAUCAGGGCCUUGCCAGCCAAGUUCACAAAGAGUCUGAGGAAGGAAGAAGCCACAGAAGGGGCCACAGCCAUGCUAUGCUGUGAGCUGAGCAAGGUGGCCCCUGUGGAGUGGAAGAAAGGAUCUGAGAUUCUUAAAGCUGGAGACAGAAUCAGCCUGAAGCACGAUGGGACCAUGUGUGAACUGCAGAUUCAUGACCUGGCCAUGGAGGAUGCUGGGGAGUACUCCUGUGUGUGUGGACAGGAGAGGACCUCAGCCACGCUGACCAUCAGGGUCCUGCCAGCCAAGUUCACUAGGGGUCUGAAGAAUGAAGAAACCACAGAAGGAACCACAGUCACACUGCACUGUGAGCUGAGCAAGGAGGCCCCUGUGGAGUGGAGGAAGGGGUCUGAAACCCUCACACCUAAUGACAGAGUCAGCUUGAGACAGGAUGGGACCCUGUGUGAGCUGCAGAUCCAUAGCCUGACUGUGGAGGAUGCCGGGGAGUACUCAUGUGUGUGUGGACAGGAAAGAACUUCGGCAACACUGACCAUCAGGGCUCUGCCAGCCAAGUUCAUAAAAGGUCUGAGGAAAGAAGAGGCCACAGAAGGAAGCAUGGCUACACUGCACUGUGAGCUGAGCAAGGAAGCCCCCGUGGAAUGGAAGAAGGGGUCAGAGAUCCUCAAAACUAAAGACAGAGUCAGCCUGAGGCAGGACGGUGUCCUGUGUGAGCUACAGAUUCAUGACCUGGCCAUGGAGGAUGCUGGGGAGUACUCAUGUGUGUGUGGACAGGAGAGGACCUCUGCCAUGCUGACUGUUAAGGCUCUGCCAGCCAAGUUCACAAAGAGUCUGAGGAAGAAAGAGUCUACAGAAGGGAGCACGGCCACACUGUGCUGUGAGCUGAGCAAGGAGGCCCCCGUGGAGUGGAAGAAGGGAUCUGAGACUCUCAGAGCUGGGGACAGAGUCAGUCUGAGGCAGGCUGGAGCCAUGUGUGAGCUGCAGAUCCAUGGCCUGACCAUGGAGGAUGCUGGAGAGUACUUGUGCGUGUGUGGGCAGGAGAGGACCUCGGCCAUGCUGACUGUUAAGGCCCUGCCAGCCAAGUUCACAAAGGCUCUGAGGAAAGAAGAGGCCACAGAAGGGGCCAUAGCCAUGUUGUACUGUGAGCUAAGUAAGGAGGCCCCUGUGGAAUGGAAGAAGGGGUCUGAGACCCUCAGAACUGGGGACAGAGUCAGCCUGAGGCAGGAUGGGGCCAUGUGUGAGCUGCAGAUUUGUAGCCUGGCUGUGGAAGAUGCCGGGGAGUACUCAUGUCUGUGUGGACAGGAAAGGACCUUGGCCACACUGGCUGUCAAGGCCCAACCUGCUACGUUUAAACAAGAGCUGAAGACUAUGGAGGCCACAGAAGGGGCCACAGCCAUGCUAUGCUGUGAGCUGAGCAAGGUGGCCCCUGUGGAGUGGAAGAAAGGAUCUGAGAUUCUUAAAGCUGGAGACAGAAUCAGCCUGAAGCACGAUGGGACCAUGUGUGAACUGCAGAUUCAUGACCUGGCCAUGGAGGAUGCUGGGGAGUACUCCUGUGUGUGUGGACAGGAGAGGACCUCAGCCACGCUGACCAUCAGGGUCCUGCCAGCCAAGUUCACUAGGGGUCUGAAGAAUGAAGAAACCACAGAAGGAACCACAGUCACACUGCACUGUGAGCUGAGCAAGGAGGCCCCUGUGGAGUGGAGGAAGGGGUCUGAAACCCUCACACCUAAUGACAGAGUCAGCUUGAGACAGGAUGGGACCCUGUGUGAGCUGCAGAUCCAUAGCCUGACUGUGGAGGAUGCCGGGGAGUACUCAUGUGUGUGUGGACAGGAAAGAACUUCGGCAACACUGACCAUCAGGGCCCUGCCAGCUAUAUUCACAAAGGGUCUGAAGAAGGAAGAAGCCAUAGAAGGUGCCACAGCUACGCUACGCUGUGAACUGAGCAAGGAGGCCCUUGUGGAGUGGAGGAAGGGGUCUGAGACCCUCAGUGCUGGGGACAGAGUCAGCCUGCAGUGUGAUGGGGGUAUGUGUGAGUUGCAGAUCCGUGGCCUGGCUAUGGAGGAUGCUGGGGAAUACUCAUGCAUUUGUGGACAAGAAAGGACCUCAGCUAUGCUGACUGUCAGGGCUCUGCCAGCCAAGUUCAUAAAAGGUCUGAGGAAAGAAGAGGCCACAGAAGGGUGCACGGCCACACUGCACUGUGAGCUGAGCAAGGAGGCCCCUGUGGAAUGGAAGAAGGGGUCAGAGAUCCUCAUAACUAAAGGCAGAGUCAGCCUGAGGCAGGACGGUGUCCUGUGUGAGCUACAGAUUCAUGACCUGGCCAUGGAGGAUGCUGGGGAGUACUCAUGUGUGUGUGGACAGGAGAAAACUUUGGCUACACUGACUGUUAAGGCCCUGCCAGCCAAGUUCACUAAAGGUCUGAAGAAUGAAGAGGCUACAGAAGGGAGCAUGGUCACACUGCACUGUGAGCUGAGCAAGGAGGCCCCUGUGGAGUGGAUAAAGGGGUCUGAGACCCUCACAACUAGUGACAGAGUCAGCUUGAGGCAGGCCGGAGCUGUGUGCGAGCUACAGACCCAUGGCCUGGCCAUGGAGGAUGCUGGGAAGUACUCAUGCGUGUGUGGGCAGGAGAGGACCUCAGCCACACUGACCAUCAGGGCCCCACAGGUGGGGUUCCGGGAGCCACUGCAGAGCAUACAGGCUGAGGAGGGCACAUCCGCCUAUCUGCGCUGUGAGCUGUGGGAGCCCAGUGCCACCGUGGUCUGGAGCAAGGGGGGCCUGGAGCUACAGGCAGAUGAACGCCUGGAGCCAAGGAGGCGGGGCACCACUGCCGAGCUGGUGCUGCGGGAACUGCGCCGGGAGGACUCUGGGGAGUACUCCUGUGCCUGCGGCACCCAGACCACCAGUGCCACCCUCUCCAUCACAGCUGCACCAGUGCGGUUCCUCAGGGAGCUGCAGGCCCAGGAGGUGGAUGAAGGAGGCAUAGCUCGCCUACACUGUGAGCUGAGCCGGGAGGGUGCCAGCGUGGAGUGGCGCAAGGGCUCACUGCAGCUCUUUCCCUGCGCAAAGUACCAGAUGGUGCAGGAGGGCACACUGGCUGAGCUGCUGGUACAUGACGUAGAGCUGGAGGAUGCCGGCCACUACACCUGUGACACGGGCCACACACAGAGCACUGCUGUCCUUUCUGUUCAAGUCCCCAGACCAAAGUUCAAGACGGAGCUGCAGAGUGCAGAGCAGGAGGCAGGCGGUGUGGCCCGGCUGCAGUGCCAGCUGAGUGACUCAGAGCCAGGGGCCCCUGUGCAGUGGCUUAAAGAGGGUGUGGAACUGCACUCAGGCCCCAAGUAUGAGAUCCGGCGCCAAGGGGCCACGUGUGAGCUGCUGGUCCACAGGUUGGAGGCCAAAGACACGGGCGAGUAUGCCUGCAUGGUGGGCAGCCAGAAGACCUUGGCCUCCAUCAAGGUCAAAGAGGCCGAGGUCACCAUCGUACGGGGGCUGGUGGACGCUGAGGUGCAAGCUGAUGGGGACGUGGAGUUCAGCUGUGAGGUAUCUCGGGCCGGAGCCAGAGGUGUACAGUGGCGCCUCCAGGGUCUGCCACUACAGAACAAUGAGGUUACAGAGGUGACCAUGCAGGGUGACUGCACCCACAUACUGCGGCUGAAGGGUGUGACACCCGAGGACACCGGCACUGUAUCCUUCCACGUGGGCAUCCAUUCGUCCUCUGCCCAGCUCACUGUCCAAGUCCCUGAGGUGAUCAUCCUGGAGCCCCUGAAGGACUUGCAGCUUGGUGAGGGCCAGGAUGCCCACUUCCAGUGCCGACUGUCAAGGACAGUGGGCCAGGAGGCCCGCUGGGCGCUGGGGGGUGUGCCUCUGCAGGCCAAUGAGAUGAAUGACAUCACGGUGGAACAGGGUGUGCUGCACUCACUAACCCUGCACAAGGUGACCCUGGAGGAUGCUGGGACUGUCAGUUUCCAGGUGGGCUCUUGUAGCUCACAGGCUCAGCUGAAGAUCACAGCCAAGAACAAGGUGGUUCGCGGCCUGGAAAACGUGGAAGCUCCCGAGGGCGGGGAGGCGCUGUUCGAGUGCCAGCUGGCCCAGCCCGAGGUGGCAGUGCACACCUGGCUACUGGACGACGAGCCAGUGCGCACAUCUGACCGGGCAGAGGUGGUCUACUUCGAGGAUGGCCGGCGGCACCUGCUGCUGCUCAAAAACCUGCAGCCACAGGACAGCUGCCAGGUCACCUUCCUGGCCGGUGACCUGGUCACUUCUGCAUUCCUCACUGUCAGAGGCUGGCGUCUGGAGGUGCUGGAGCCCCCGCAGGACGUGUCGGUGCAUGUGGGUGCCCAGGCCCGCUUUAGCUGUAUGCUCAGUGAGGUGGUGCCCGUGGGCGAGGCGACCUGGUAUAUCAACGGGGCUGCGGUGCAGCCUGACAACACCGACUGGAAGGUCACAGCGGAUGGCAACCACCACGGCUUGCUGCUGCACAGCGCCCAGCUGCAUCACUCAGGCGAGGUCACCUUCGCUGCCCGAGACGCGGUGGUCACUGCUCAGCUCAGCGUAAUGGGCCUCCCCGACCCCCCAGAGGAUGCAGAGGUGGUGGGUCGCAGUGACCGCUCUGUGACACUAUCCUGGGCCGCACCCAUGAGUGAUGGAGGCGGGGGGCUCUGUGGUUAUCGGGUGGAGAUGAAGGCAGCUGCCACAGGCGAGUGGCAACUGUGUCAUGAGCUGGUGCCUGGGCCUGAGUGUGUGGUUGACGACCUGGCCCCUGGGGAGACCUACCGCUUCCGAGUGGCGGCUGUGAGUCCUGUGGGUGCUGGCGAGCCGGUGCAUCUGCCCCAGAUGGUGAAGCUAGCAGAACCCCUGGAGCCCAAGCCCACACCCCAAGCCCCCGAGACCCGGCAGGUGGUUGUUGGGGAAGACCUGUGUCUGGAGUGUGAGGUGACUGAGGCGGGUGAGGUCAUCUGGCUGAAGGGGACGGAGCGUGUGCAGCCCAGCGGGCGCUUCCAGGUCCUUUGUGAAGGCCGGCGGCAGACAUUGGUGAUCCGGGGCUUCACUGCCGAGGACCAGGGAGAGUACCGCUGCAGCCCCACCCAGGGCCCAGCCCCCGCAGCCUUCCAGGUGGUGCUGAGUCCUGAAUCUGGGCUUGAGGCACCCCUACAGCCCAGCCUGCCCCCUGAGGCUGCCCAGGAGGGAGACCUGCACCUGCUGUGGGAGGCCCUGGCCCGGAAGCGACGUAUGAGCCGCGAGCCUACACUGGACUCCAUCAGCGAGCUGCCCGAGGAGGACGGGCGCCUGCAGCGCCUGCGGCACGAAGCAGAGGACGCCGCCCCUGACUUCUCUGAGGGCUACUCCACAGCCGAUGAGUUGGCCCGCACAGGCGAGGCCGACCUCUCACACACCAGCUCUGAUGAUGAGUCCCGAGCAGGCACACCUGCCCUGGUUACCUACCUCAAGAAGGCUGGCAAGCCUGGGGUCUCACCGCUGGCCAGUGAGGCUGGGCCCCCAGCAGCCCCUUCUGUGAAGCCACAGAAGCAGCCUGUUCAGCCAGCAGCAGUGAGUCCAUCACCACUGGGAGAGCUGAGCGCCGAGGACCUGGGUGACCCAUCCAUGGACAAGGCAGCCAUGAAGAUCCAGGCCGCCUUUAAGGGGUACAAGGUCCGGAAGGAGAUUAAACAGCAGGAGGGACCCGUGUUCUGCCGCACGUUCGGGGACACUGAGGCACAGGUGGGAGAUGUCCUGUGUCUGGAGUGUGUGGUUUCCAGCAAGGUGGAUGUGCGGGCCUGCUGGCUGAAGGAUGGUAUGGAGCUGACAGACAGCCGGCACCACCAUAUUGACCAGCUGGCGGAUGGCACCUGUUCACUGCUGGUCACUGGCCUGGGCCGUGAGGACGCUGGCCGCUAUACCUGCCAGGUGCGCAGCAAGUUUGGUCAGGUGUCCCACAGUGCCCAGGUGGCAGUCAGCGGCACAGAGAGCGAGGCUGAGAGCUCCUCGGGGGGUGAGCGUGAUGACACCUUCCACCGGGCUGCACGGCGUCUGCACCGCCUCUUCCGCACCAAGGGUCCGGCUGAGGUCUCUGAUGAGGAGAUCUUCCUCAGCGCGGAUGAGGGCCCUGCAGAGCCCGAGGGACCCAGCAACUGGUCCACAUACCGUGAGGAUGAGCACUCUGUCUGCAUCCACUUUGAGGCUCUGGCUGAGGCCCAGCAGGCGGCUGCCCGCUUCCAGGAGAUGUUUGGCACCUUGGGCAUACAGGUGGAGACCCGCCUCUCAGAGCAGGGGCCCCGGGGCGUGGAGGUGCACAUUGGCAAGGUGGCCCUUGCCCAAGGGGCACCCCCUGCACCCAGCCCACUGAGCACAGAGGCUGCUCCAGUGUUUCUGACUGAGCUAAAGAACCAGGAAGUGCUGGAUGGGUACCCUGUGAGCUUCGACUGUGUAGUGACGGGCCAGCCAGUGCCCAGUGUACGUUGGUUCAAGGACGGGCGGGUGCUGGAGGAGGAUGACCACUACAUGAUCAGUGACGACCAGCAAGGUGGCCACCAGCUCAUCAUCACGGCUGUGGUACCAGCAGACAUGGGCGUCUACCGCUGCUUGGCUGAGAACAGUGUGGGUGUGUCCUCCACCAAGGCCGAGCUCCGAGUGGACUUGACCAGCACAGACUACGACACUGCAGCAGACGCCACUGAGACUUCAUCCUAUUUUAGUGCUCAAGGCUACCUGUCCAGCCGGGAGCAGGAGGGCACAGAGUCCACCUCAGAGGAGGGGCAGCUGCCACAGGUGGUGGAGGAGCUGAAGGACCUGGAGGUGGCCCCAGGCACACUCCUGGCCAAGUUCCAGCUCAAGGUGAAAGGCUAUCCGGUACCCCGGCUGUACUGGUUCAAAGAUGGGCAGCCACUGACGGCAUCCGAGCACAUCCGAAUGACGGACAGGAAGACGCUGCACAGCCUGGAGGUCCUUUCAGUCACCAGGGAGGAUGCUGGCCAGUAUUCGGCCUACAUCAGCAACUCAGUGGGCGCUGCCUACUCCUCUGCUCGGCUGCUGGUCCGAGGCCCCAAUGAUCCAGAGGAUAGGCUGGCAGCAGAUGUGCAACAACAUCUGGUGCCACCCCGAAUCCUGGAGAGGUUCACCUCCAAGAAGGUGAAGAAGGGCUCCAGCAUCACCUUCUCUGUGAAAGUUGAAGGCUGCCCGGCGCCCACCGUGCACUGGCUCCGGGAGGAGGCAGGCAGGGGUGUGCUGUGGAUUGGCCGUGACACGCCUGGCUACACAGUGGCCAGCUCGGCACAGCAGCACAGCCUGGUCCUGUUGGACGUGGGGCCCCAACACCGUGGCACCUACACCUGCAUCGCCACUAAUGCUGCUGGCCAGGCGCUCUGCUCUGCCAGCCUGCACAUCUCUGGCCUGCCUAAGGAGGCUGUGGCAGCAGAGGAGCAGGGAGAGGUGAAGGCAGCUCUCAUAUCCUCCUUCCUGCAAGGGGCCCAGGCUGUCUCCGCACAGAUGGUGGUAGGCUCUGCAGGACUUGCCGACCUUGCCGUGCAGAGGAAAGGAGAGGCCCCAACAAUGGAAGAAACCCGUGGACAUCUAUCCCUGGCAGAGGUGGGCACAGAGGAAUUCCUGCAGAGGCUCACAUCCCAAAUCACGGAGAUGGUGUCAGCCAAGAUCACACAGGCCAAGCUGCAGGUGCCUGGAGGUGACAGUGACGAGGAGUCCAAGACACCAUCUGCGUCCCCAAGACAUGGCCGCUCCCGCCCCUCCUCCAGCAUCCAGGAGUCAUCUUCAGAGUCCGAGGAUGGGGACUCCCGGGGAGAGAUCUUUGACAUCUACGUGGUCACAGCGGACUACCUGCCCCUGGGGGCCGAGCCGGAUGCCAUCACACUGAGGGAGGGCCAGUAUGUGGAGGUGCUGGACUCAGCCCACCCACUGCGCUGGCUUGUGCGCACCAAGCCCACCAAGUCCAGCCCCUCAAGGCAGGGAUGGGUGUCCCCUGCGUACUUGGACCGGCGGCUCAAGCUAUCCCCUGAGUGGGGCCCCACUGAGGCCCCCGAGUUCCCUCGGGAGGCUGUGUCUGAGGAUGAGUAUAAGACAAGGCUGAGCUCCACCAUCAAGGAGCUGCUGAGCUCAGAGCAGGCCUUUGUGGACAAGCUGCAGUUCCUCGAGAGCCACCACAUGCAGCACCUGGACCACAGUGCCCACGUGCCCUCUGCCGUGGCCAGCCAGAGGGAUGUUAUCUUUCGGAAUGUGAAGGACAUUAGCCACUUUCACAGCAGCUUCCUGCAGGAGCUGCAGGGCUGUGACACAGAUGAUGAUGUGGCCAUGUGCUUCAUCAAGAACCAGGCAGCCUUCGAGAAGUACCUGGAGUUCCUGGUGGGCCGUGUGCAGGCGGAGUCAGUGGUGGUCAGCACAGCUGUGCAGGAGUUCUACAAGAAGUACACGGAGGAAGUGCUGUCGGCAGACCCCUCUCAGCCACCCCCACCGCCUUUGCAGCACUUCCUAGAGCAGCCUGUGGAGCGUGUACAGCAGUACCAGGCCCUGCUCAAGGAGCUGAUCCGUAACAAGGCACGGAACCGGCAGGCAUGCGCGAUGUUGGAGCAGGCCUACGCCGUGGUGUCUGCUCUGCCCCGGCGUGCUGAGGACCGGCUGCACGUGUCACUCAUGGAGAACUACCCGGGCACCCUGGAGGCCUUGGGCGAGCCCAUACGCCAGGGUCACUUCAUCGUAUGGGAGGGGGCACCAGGGGCACGUAUGCCCUGGAAGGGGCACCAUCGCCACGUCUUCCUGUUUCGCAACCACUUGGUUGUCUGCAAGCCCAAGUGGGAUUCUCGCACCGACACCUUCAGCUACGUCUUCCGGAACAUGAUGAAGCUGAGCAGCAUCGACCUGAACGAGCAAGUGGAGGGGGAUGACCGUGCCUUCGAGGUGUGGCACGAGCGGGAAGACUCGGUGCGCAAGUACCUGCUGCAGGCACGCACGGCCACCACCAAGAACUCCUGGGUCAAGGAGAUCCGAGGCAUUCAGCAGCGCCUGGCCCUGCCUAUCUGGCGUGCACCAGAUUUUGAAGAGGAGCUAGCUGACUGCACCGCUGAACUGGGUGAGACAGUCAAGCUGGCCUGCCGAGUGACAGGCACACCCACGCCUGUCGUCAGCUGGUACAAAGAUGGGAAGCCAGUGGAGGUGGACCCUCACCAUAUCUUUAUUGAAGACCCUGAUGGCUCAUGUGCCCUCAUCCUGGACAACCUGACAGGGGCUGAUUCUGGCCAGUACAUGUGCUUUGCAGCCAGUGCUGCUGGCAAUGCCAGCACAUUGGGCAAGAUUUUGGUGCAAGUGCCCCCGUACUUUGUGAACAAGGUCCGGGCUCUGCCCUUUGUGGAGGGAGAAGAUGCCCAGGUGACCUGCUCCUUUGAAGGCGCCCCAUACCCUCAGAUCAGGUGGUACAAGGAUGGCUCUCUGCUGACCCCUGGUGGCAAGUACCGGACCCUCAGUGAGCCCCGCAGUGGCGUGCUGGUGCUGGAGAUCAGGGCUGCCUGUGCCGAGGAUCUGGGGCACUACGAGUGUGAGCUGGUGAACCGGCUUGGCUCGACACGGGGUGGUGCGGAGCUGUACAUGCAGAGUGCAGCACUGCGGGCCCAAGAGCAGCGCCGCAGGGAACAGGUGGCUGCAAUUGAAGACACCACCCUGGAGCCAAUGGAUCAGGAGACUGGGAUCACCCUGAGGCCCCUGGUGGGGUCUGAAGCUCCAGGAGAUUCCGCCAGGGACCACGCCAGCCCCACCCCAAGGCCUGGGGGGCCGCCCAAAGUCCAGGAGGCCUGUCUUCAGCCCCCAGGCACCAUGGCUGCUGGGACUUCUGCCCCUUGCUCCCCACCAGCUGAGCCCCCCAGGAAGGUGCCACAGCCUCACCCCCAUGAAGGCCUGAAGCCAGAGGAAAAGGAGGAGCAGGCUGCUGAGCCCCAGGGGCGGACUGUGCCCAUUCGGAUGGAGGGACCAGCCUGGCCCAUCGAGGGGGCAGCACAGACUCUGUGGGAUGUCCACAGCCACGUGAUCACGGAGACCACCCAUAGGACAUACGUGUUCCAGGCUGGCGAGGCUGGGCCCACAAGGCCCCCAUCCAUGCAGGUCACCAUUGAGGAUGUGCAGGCACAGAAGGGUGGCACAGCAAGCUUCCAGGCAGUCAUCGAGGGCAACCCCCAGCCCACAGUGACUUGGUACAAGGGCAGCACUCUGCUGGAGGAAGGCCCCCGGUUCAGCCUGCAGCAGGAUGGGACCACCUACUCCCUAGAACUGAGGAAUGUGGCCCCGCAUGAUGCUGGUGUCUACACCUGCCUGGCCCAUAAUGCUGGGGGCCAGGUGCUGUGCAAGGCGGAGCUGCUGGUCCAGGGGGGGGAUGGUGAGCCAGACUCAGAAAAGCCUAGUUACCGGAGGAAACUGCACUCCUUCUAUGAGGUCAAGGAGGAGAUAGGGAGGGGCGUCUUCGGCUUCGUAAAGCGGGUACAGCACAAAGGAAACCAGUUGUCCUGCGCGGCCAAGUUCAUCCCCCUGCGGAGCAGGACGAGGGUCCAGGCUUACCGUGAGCGGGACAUCCUAGCCACCCUGAGCCACCCCCUGGUCACUAUGCUGCUGGACGAGUUUGAGACCCGGAAGACCCUGAUCCUUGUCCUGGAGCUGUGCUCAUCAGAGGAGCUGCUGGACCGUCUGUUCAAGAAGAGCGUGGUGACUGAGGCAGAGGUCAAGAUCUAUAUCCAGCAGCUGGUGGAGGGGCUGCACUACCUGCAUGGCCAUGGGGUCCUCCACUUGGAUAUAAAGCCUCCCAACAUCCUGAUGGUGCAUCCUGCCCGAGAAGACAUUAAGAUCUGUGACUUUGGCUUUGCCCAAAAAGUCACCCUGGCUGAGCCACAGUACAGCAAGCAUGGGUGCCCUGAGUUUGUGGCCCCCGAGAUCAUUGAGCAGACUCCAGUGAGUGAGGCCUCCGACAUCUGGGCCAUGGGGGUCAUCUCCUACCUGAGCCUGACAUGCUCAUCCCCUUUUGCCGGCGAGAGUGACCGUGCCACCCUUCUCAACGUGCUGGAGGGCCGGGUGUCCUGGAGCAGUCCUGCGGCCACCAACCUCAGCCAGGAGGCACAGGACUUCAUCAAGGCCACCCUGCAGAGGGCACCAGGGACCCGGCCCAGUGCUGCCAAGUGCCUGACCCACCCCUGGUUCCAGACAUCCGUGCCUGCAGAGGAGGCCCACUUCAUUAACACUAAACAGCUCAAGUUCCUCCUGGCCCGGAGCCGCUGGCAGCGUUCGCUGAUGAGCUACAAGUCCAUCCUGGUGAUGCGCUCCAUCCCCGAGCUGCUGCAGGGCUCACCUGACAGCCCAUCCCUGGGGGUGGCCCGGCACCUGCGCAGCGAUGCCAGUGCCUCCUCCAGCUCCUCCUCCUCCUCUGAUAACGAGCUGGCGCCCUUCGCCCGAGCCAAGUCCCUGCCACCCUCCCCUGUGAGCCACUCUCCGCUGCUGCACCCCCGGGGCUUCCUGAGGCCCUCAUCCAGCCUGCCCGAGGAGGCUGAGGCCUGCCCUCCUGCCACCCCUGCACCCCAGGACGUAGUAGCCCCUGAAGCCCAGCCACCCAGCCCGGGCUGUGUGCCCCGACACAGCGUUAUCCGCAGCCUGUUCUAUCAGCAGGCGGGUGAGGGCGCCGAGCGGGGUGGCCUGGCCCCAGGCGGCAGGCGGCACUCGGGUCGGCGGCGGCAUCUGCUGAAGGGUGGCUACUUCGCCAGGGCCCUGCCCGGCCUGCGGGAGCCACUGCUGGAGCACCAGGCACUGGAGGAGGAGGCGGCUCAGGAGGAGCAGGCGGCCCCACUGGCCAAAGUGCCCUCCCUGGAUGCUGCCCCACUGCAGUCGGGCCCCAGUGCCCAUGGGGCCUCUGGCCGCAGCCAUUCCCUAGACUUCGACUUGCUCAGCACGACCAGGCCCUCUGCUGAGCCUGGCUGCCCAGGCGGGCGGUGUCCCCCCAUGACCACCUCAGGCCUCCAAGGGGGUCCUGUGGGGAAUGUGACUGCAGGGGUCACAGGUGCAGCAACUGCUCCAAAGAUACAGCACCCAGAGGGGACCCUGCAGGGGUCCAGACUGUUUCCAUCCACGGGUGGCACCCUGGGUACCCCUCAAGAAGAGGGAUUGACCCAGGAUGGCUUUGGGGGGCAUUCCCCCUGGUGUCCUGCUCCCCAGGAGGGCAGUGGUCCCUCUACAUCUGUUGCACCAUCAUCUCCUGGCUCUGGCUCUGCAGGGCAGACCCUCCUGGCACCCUCCAGCCUCUUCCUCUCUGAGAAGCCCCAGCCCAUCCCCUCCUCAACCCAGGCAGGCCCUAAACCAGGCCUUAAAAGGGGAGCUGAAGACAUCUCUCUGCCUGGGAGACCAGCCUCACCCAAGUCCUCAGGACCUUCGUCCCCAGUGGGCAUGGAGCCCUCCCUGGAUGAGGACCUGGCUCUAGAGGCAGAGCCUUCGCCUGUCCCUCCCCGGCCUCAGGAGCAGGCCACCACCAGGAAGUUCUCCCUGGGGCAACGGGGGGGAUAUGCGGGGGUAGCAGGCUAUGGCGCCUUCGCCUUUGGAGGGGAUGCCGGAGGCAUGAUGGGGCAGGGGCCCCUGUGGGCCAGGAUGACCUGGGCUACCUCUCAGUCCUCGGAGGAGCAGGAUGAGUGGACUGAGAGCCCCUUGCCCCCAGCCGCUGCCUCAGCAGAGACCCUGCCCCAGGGCAGCUGGGUCCCCCAACGGGCCUCCCCCGAGCUGAGGUCCUGGGAUGACUUUGGUGCAGGCUCCCAGGUAUCACUGGUGCAGAUCCAGGACCUGGCGGGCCACACGGAGGCAGCGGACACCAUCUCCCUGGACAUCUCGGAGGUGGAGCCUGCCUACCUCAACCUGUCUGACCUCUAUGACAUCAAGUAUCUCCCCUUCGAGUUCAUGAUCUUCAGGAAGGUCCCCAAGCCAGCGGUGGAGCAGGAGCCGUCCUCGCCUGCUUCUGAGGCAGACGAGGAGCUGGCCGAGCUCCCGGGGGUGGAGUGGCCCUGGCUGGGUACACUGGGCCCCGUCGGCCUGGAGAUCUCAGAGGAGCAGGACGACAUGCAGGCCCUGCUGGGAGAGGCUGGCAGCCGGAAGCGCAAGUGGGCCAUCCCGUCCCUAGGCCGAGAGCUGCUGGAGGAGUCGCUGGAGCUGGGCCUGCGCCGCCGGGUGAGGGCCUCCAUGGCUCACAUCUCCCGCCUCUUGAAGGGCAAGCUUGAAGGUCCAGAGAAAGAAGGGCCCCCUAGGAAGAAGCCAGGUCUAACAUCCUUCCAGCUGUCGGGUCUGAAGAGCAGAGACCAAGCACCAAUGUUCCUGAGGGAGCUGGCAGAUGAGACGGUGGUCCUGGGCCAGUCGGUGACGCUUGCCUGCCAGGUAUCAGCACAGCCAGCUGUAGAGGCCACAUGGAGCAAAGAUGGAGCCCCCUUGGAGAGCAGUGGCCGCGUCCUCAUCUCCUCAACCCUCAAGAACUUCCAGCUUCUGACCAUCCUGGUGGUGAUGGCCGAUGACCUGGGCAUGUACACAUGCAGCGUGCACAAUGCCCUGGGCAUGGCCACAACCACGGCAGUCCUCCGGAAAGCAGAGCGCCCCUCAUCCUCCCCUCGCCCUGACAUCGGGGAGGUGUAUGCUGACGGGGUACUGUUAGUCUGGAAGCCUGUGGAGUCCUGCGGCCCUGUGACUUACAUUGUGCAGUGCAGUGUGGAAGGUGGCAGCUGGAACACGCUGGCCACAGACAUCUUUGACUGCUGCUACGUCACUGGCAGGCUCCCUCGGGGCAGUUCAUACACCUUCCGCACAGCCUGCGUCAGCAAGGCAGGCAUGGGCCCCUACAGCAGCCCCUCGGAGGAGGUGCUCCUGGGAGCCCGUGGCCACCUGGCUUCAGAGGAAGAAAGCAGCUCAGUGCGGCCAGCCCAGCCCCUCCCCAGCAGGCAGGCUUUUGCCUUCCAGAUGCAGAUCCGAAGGGGCCGCUUCAGCAUGGUGCGGCAGUGCCGGGAGAAGACCAGCGGGCGGGCGCUGGCCGCCAAGAUCGUGCCCUACCGGCCCCAGGACAGGGCAGCCGUGCUUCGAGAGUACGAGGUGCUCAAGGGCCUGCGCCACCCACACCUGGCCCAGCUGCAGGCCGCCUACCUCAGCCCCCGGCACCUGGUGCUCAUGCUGGAACUGUGCUCUGGGCUCGAGUUGCUCCCCUGCCUGGCCCAGAGGGACACGUACAUGGAGUCGGAGGUGAAGGACUACCUAUGGCAGGUGCUGAGUGCCACCCAGUACCUGCAUGCCCAGCGCAUCCUGCACCUGGACCUCAGGUCCGAGAACAUGGUCAUCACCGAGUACAACCUGCUGAAAGUGGUGGACAUGGGCAGUGCCCAGAGCCUCGCCCAGGAGCGGGUCCUGCCCUCGGAAGGCUUCAAGGACUACCUGGAGACCAUGGCUCCGGAGCUCCUGGAGGGCCAAGGGGCCUCACCUCAGACAGACAUCUGGGCCAUUGGUGUCACGGCGUUCAUCAUGCUCAGCGCCGAGUACCCGGUGAGCAGCGAGGGGCUGCGUGACCUGCAGAAGGGCGUGCGCAAGGGGCUGGUUCGCCUGGGCCGCUGCUACGCGGGGCUGUCGGGCGGCGCCGUGGCCUUCCUUCGGAGCACCCUGUGUGCGCACCCCUGGGGUCGGCCGUGCGCGUCCAGCUGCCUGCAGUGUCCGUGGUUGACCGAGGAGGGCCCGGCAGCCUCGCAGCCCGCGCCGGUGACCUUCCCCACUGCGCGGCUGCGCGCCUUCGUGCGGGAGCGGGAGAAGAGGAGGGCGCUGCUGUCCAAGAAGCACAGCCUGGCGCAGACGCGCUGAGCUUCCACCGACUCGCUAAUAAACAGCCCAAGAGAA